AUGCGUCGCUUCUCGUAUCCGGAAUACACGGACGACCCCAUCCUGCUGGCCUUGGAGAGCGUGGUGUCAUCCAUGCUCAUGUUGGGGUUCGUCUACACGUGCAUCGCUACCAUCAAGUCCAUUACCACGGAGAAGGAGCACCAGGUCAAGGUUUUAGGAAUCCAGUCUGAAUUAUUUCACAAAUCUGUUAUUAAUGUACGUACAACUAACACUGCUGCCACCGUAGGAGGAUUGGCCUGGUUUCUCACCUAUAUGCCAUACAGUCUACUGCAGAUGGAGUACGAAGAUAUGAGUUUAACUGAAAAGCUACUCGCUUCUCUCUCUUUUAAUACAGCUAUGGGAUAUGGCUUCCGUGUCAUGAUAAUGCAUGAAGGCACUGGAACAGGCCAACAUUGGUACAACUUAUUCAAACCAGCGACCCAAGACGACACACUAACGUUGGGAUACAUUUUCCUGAUGUUUAUAGUGGACAGCCUAAUUUACAUGUUGAUAACAUUGUACGUGGAAGCAGUGUUUCCCGGCGAUUACGGUGUGCCCAAACCGUGGUACUUCCCAUUUCAGGUAUUCAACGGAAACAAAGUAGCCGUCGACAACUUGAACCUGAACAUGUACGAGGGACAAAUAACCGUUCUAUUGGGUCAUAAUGGUGCCGGAAAAACUACUACGAUGUCCAUGCUCACAGGUGUGUACACCCCGACGAGCGGCACGGCGACAGUGAACGGCUACGACGUGGCCCGCGACAGCCUGGGUCUCUGCCCUCAGCACAACGUGCUCUUCGACGAGCUGACAGUGCGCGAGCACCUCUACUUCUUCGGCAAGUUGAAGGGGCUGUCUGGAAAGGAGCUGGAGGACGAGAUCAGGAAGUAUUUGCAACUUUUGCAAUUGGAGCCAAAGGAACACAAGCAGUCACGCACGCUGUCUGGUGGCAUGAAGCGAAAGUUGGCUGCGGGUGUGGCUCUCUGCGGAAAAUCCAAGGUAAGCGCAAGCAACUUGCUCAGCAGUUCAGCGUGA